GCUAGGUUGAUCUUGUGUUUUCAUAGCUCUUCCAUCACCAUCUUCCCCAGUUCCGUCCAUGGAACCAUAUCCUAAAUCUGAUACCGCUGUGGAGAAGCUCUUCCGUCUUUAUCUUUUUUUCUCUCCUAAUUUUUUUUUUCUUUUUUCAGCGGUCGGUUUCAAUCCAAAGACAUCUAAUAUUAACCAUGAAGCACAGCGUACCUCAAUGUCGAGUCCUUCACGAAGAAAACCGAACAUCAUCGGUUGGUAUUUUGAUGUGUUGUGGCCGCCUACUACCGCACCAAGACUAAAUCGAUAUUCGACGAACUCGAAGGAUCGCGUCUCUCUUUUAUUCCAUAUACUUUCCUAAGCUUUAUCCCUCCACGAACUCGUUCGAUUGGCAAUCCUUCCCUCGAUAGUGUGUGGCUUCUUGUUAUCAUCAGCUCUGAAUCU